AAUACCAAAAUGACUACGGCUACGAGUUUACCCAGAGUUCCCGAGGGUCUGCGGGACCUAAUGAAGGUGUAUACCAAGGAGGUGUUACGUGAAAAACCGGCUGACUUGUAUGGAUUUUCUGCCAAUUUUUUCAACGUGAUUGUUGGCGAAAAAUCACAGAAAGCGGUGCGAAAAUACGAACCGGUGCAAACUUAUGAAACCAUCAUGAAAAACCGCAUUCGUCAGCAGGUUCCCUUGUCACUUGUGUUCAAUAUAAUCCCCGAAAAGCUGACUGAUCUAAUAAAGCAAUUUAUAAAGGCAGUUCUAAGGGAAAAACCUGAGAAUAUUUACAUAUUCGCACAGGAAUACUUUGAUAGAAUGUCCAAGGAAAAAUCGGGACGAAUUGAGUACACCAAGUAUUCGACUUAUGAAAAGUCAUUGAAGGACAAGGAAACCGUAACUCCUGGAUCGAAGGUAACCUGUGAAUGUGGAAGAAUACUGAGUGGAAAAACCAAGGAUGUGGAAAACAGAUAUACGGAUACCAAAUUAGCUGAGGCAGACCAGAGAACAUUUUCAAGCAGAAUAACUUAUUUGCAAUCGGUCGUUAUUAUUCAAAGACGAAUUCGCCAAUUUCUCAAGGAGCGCAAAAUAGGUCGCGAUAAGGAUAAUUGCAAUAGCUUGGAAUAUGUGACAGCAAUACUCUUGAUUCAAAGACAAGUUCGUCGCUUAUUGGCUAAGAAGCGAGUUGAAGAACUUAAAAAUGCACGUGACGUCCGAAAGCCGAAUGCUAAAUUUAACACUGGCGACUAUAUGAAAGCCGUUGUCGUCAUUCAGCGACAUUAUCGCAUAUAUUUGAGAAAAAAGCAGGAGCAAAAUCGAUUGAAAAACGACCCAGUAUCCUUAGUAACAGCCGCCAUCAUAAUCCAGAGGGCCUUCAGAAGGAUGGUGGCCUUACAAAGGGCCAAAAGGAAUACUUCUUCGGCCACCGAUCAGGCCGAGGAACUCAAUGACAAUGCCUCCGAGACAGGGUCCUACACAUCCGUCUCCACCGCACUCCUUUCCACGGAAUCCACCGAACUGGGAAUGGCCACUUACGAGGAAAGAGUCCAUCAAAAAAUAAUCCACGAGGACGAGGAAGUGGAGAACAAUAAUGUUGAUGCCGGCCUUGAGAAGGAGUUUUUGGCAGAGCCCAUUAAAGGCCAAGAAAAAUCAAUACAUCUGCGAAAAAGCGAAAUUCUUAGCGGUGCUUUAAUCGAAACUAUGAUUCGCAAACCUAGCUUGGAAAAUCUUAAGGAUUUCCAUAGUGAAUCAAAAGAUUUCGAAGCGGAUUUGGAAAUUGAAGCCGACAAAAAUGAAAUUAGUCAAGAUCUAGAACCUGAAAUUAAAAAUAUUAAAGAAAGCCCAGAUCUAGAAUCGAUACCUCAAGCAGAACUGAAAGCUGAAAAGAAAAGUGAAGAGCUCGAUUCGGAAUCUACAACUAAACAGGACAGCUUGGAUGCUGAAUCUGAAGGCCAAGAUGAGAUUAAAAUAGAAUCCGACACACAGAAUCUAGAAAUCAAAAAUGAGAGUGAAAUUGUUACAGAAAACUUGAGCAAAGAUGUCAUAGAUCAAGAAACCGGCGAAUUUAUAGAGAGUGAGUUACCUAACAACAUUGAGAAAAAAGAAAGUGAUGACGGAAAAGACAAUGAUAAGAAAGAGGAUACCGAUACUCCUGAUGAUGGGCAUAAUGAGGAACAUGAAGCCCCCGUUAUUGUGUCCAAUGAAAUAAUUCCAUCCCCCAAAGUUAUGAAAUCCGAAAGCCAAGAGACUCCAAUUAAAAAUGAAGUUACUCCCACGGUUUCGAUUGAAAUAGAGCACGUAGACGAUAUUUCAGAAGAUUCCCCUCCAAAUUUUCAAGGUUCUAAUGUUGAUUCAGCUAAGGAUUCAAGUGAAGGCAACUCAAAGGAACAAGAGUCUACAAAUUUAUCCAAUGUGGAAAUAGAUAGCUCAACAACGGUUUUAGUCAAUCAUAAUCGAGAAACUCGUGAGCAAGAGUCUCCUAUGGAAACAUCAGACGAUACAAUUUUGGAAACAUCUGCUGAUGCUGUAACCGGAAUUGAAGAAAAUAAGUCUACAAUUGAAGAUGAAAUUAAUCCGAAGCCUAGAGAAAAAAGAAGCAUUGAAGACGAUAAGUUGGUUAAUUCCAAUUUGGAAACCACCAACCAGACAAUUAUAAAAGAAGAUAUCAUUCCCAUAGUCAAGUCAGAAAUAAAACCUAUUAAUCAAGAGGAAAUUCAGAUAAGCAAUGACCAAGAAUUGAAAGAUGAAAUAAUUUCAAGCAGCGCAGAAAAGAAUAAUGUACAAGAACCAUUGGAAGCAGUUGCUGAGCCAUCAGUUCAAGAAAUCACUGCGGAUUCCCAAAUUGAAGAAACCAUUACUGAGAAUAAGGGAGAUUCUGAAGAAAGCAAAGAUGUUGUGAAACCUAAUAGUCAACCUGAGGAUGAACCUGAUAUUACAAGUGGUGGAGAUGCAUCUGACUUAUCAAAAAAUGAGAGAAAAGAGGUAUCAGCUGAUGACUUGAAACUAACUGAAACAGACGUUAAACUGCAUCCCGAAACUAAUCGUUUGAAAGAAAAUCUUGAAAGCAGCACAGAUGAACCGAACCAUGCAGUUGAAAAAGUCCCAACUGAGGAUGCAUCAGAAGAAACACAAAUUAUACAGAAACUGUCAGAACAGGAAACCAUACCAAUUGGAUCUGACAGUUUGGAAACUGAAGAAACGGUUCCAUCUCAUGGCAACAUUAAUAAAGAUAAGUCUGGAGAAUCCAAUGAUGAUUUCCAUAAUUUUGAUGUCUUCACCGAAGGAACGGAUCUAAAAGAAAAGGAAAAUUUAUCAGGUUCUUCAAGAACCAAAGGAUGUACUGGUGAGGCCGCUUCUAGUGAUAUAAAUGACAGCAUGGGAGAGAGUAUAUUAAUAGCAAGCACCUCACUAGAAGAUCCAUCCGUGGAACACGAACUUGAAAGUCCCAAGCAAGUUGUUUCUGAAGGAUAUGAUUCCCUUAAAAAUAUCAUGGAUGACAUAAGUUCCAGUGCUAGAGAGCUCCAGCAAAUUAUAAAAACUAGUAAUAUACCAACUGAGAGAUUACAAAGUUCACAAGCUGAAGACCAAGACCAAGAAACUUUACUAAUCAACUCUGAAUCAAAGAAAGUUGAAAUUAAAAAAUUAGAGGACGAUCCUGAUGUAUUAAGUAAAAUAAAAUCGGAAGAAGCAAUCACACCAACUGAGGACCAACAAUCCGGUAAAGAAACUUUAACAAUCAACUCCGAAACAAUGAAAGAUCAAAAUCCUAAAUUAGAGGAAGAUCCUGUGCAACUAGUUAAAGUAUUGACUGAAGGAUCAAAAAGUUCACAGGCUGAGGACCAACAAUCCGAUUAUGAAACUUUAACAGUCAACUCAGAGUCUAAGCCUGUUGAAGAUAGUAAUAUAGAAGGUGAAUCUUUAAAAAUCAACUCAGGCUCUAAGCCUGUUGAAGAUAGCAAUCUUGAAGUCGAAUCUGCUGAUUUAACUACCUUAUUAACGAAAGGAUCGGAAACUUCCCAAAUUGAAACUGAACAAUCGGAUAAGGAAGAUAUACCAACUAAGUCGGAAUCUGUGCAAGCUGAAGAUAGUAACAUAGUAAAGGAUUGUAAGAAACUAAAUAGUAUUCAUAUUGAGGAUUCAGAAGCAUUAAAUACUAAGGACAGAAAACCAAAUUCUGAUGAUGAAAGGACUGAAAGCACGGAAAAAGUAUUGUCAUCUUCACAAGAUGACAGAUCUCCGAGUGCAAUAGGUGAUAGUCCUAAAAGUGAAGAGGAGGAUCUGGAAUUUCCAACAGAGGGUAAAGUUAAAGACAUCUCUGGGAGAGACAAACUCUUAAAUUCUGUUGAUCAAAGAAUUGAAAGCAUGGAAAAAGCUGUAUCAGCUUUACCAGAUAAAAAUUCUUCGAGUACAAUUAAAGAUGGUCUGAAAAGUGGAGAUGAUGUUGAAUAUCCAACAAAGGGUCAUGGUAAGGAAAUGUCCGUGGCAGACACCGCCAUUGCAGUUAUGGAAUUAUCUCCUGAGAACAAAACCGAAGCUAUAAAUGCCCCAGAAUCGGAGGGCACAGAAGCUGAAGAUAAUUCUGCCAACGAAUCUGCAGUACCACCUACUCUUGCAGCUGAUAAAGAUAAACCAGACUCUGAUGUGGAGAAAGAUAUAAAAGACGAAUGCCCGACAGCCGUCCUAGGCAUAGUUGAUUCUUUAGAUCAUCUAACCAAAACUAGCGAAACCGAAACAUUACCUUUGGAAAAACAAGAAAGCUCUACAGAAAUGGAAAGCAAAUCUGCCGUAGUUGAGGAUAAAGACACUGCGGAAUCGAAAACCAAAAACGACUCACCUGUUCCCUCAAAUCCCGAACAGAAAAACUCUUCAUUGCUUGUAUCUAAUCAAUUAAUUGGCACCCAAAAUUUACCUACUAACCAUAUUGAGAUUGAAAAGAACACCAAGAAGUUAUCUAACCCUAUUGUAAAAGAAAAAGAUAUUGGCACCUUAACGUCGGGGCGUCUUGUACCCACACCCAUUGCUGAGUUGCAGCUCAAGUCAUUUAAAAAUCCCAACGACGAUGGCGCCUGGUAUGAUAUUUAUGUGGAGCCCAAGGCGACUUCUGAUAAGGAUUUGGGAAAAAUUGCAACGUCGAAUGAAUCCAAGAAACCUGAUACGGACCAACAAACAGCCUCAGUUGUAGAUGAGCCUAUUAUUGUCUCGGAAAGAACUCCAAGUUACUAUACCCCCAAAGAAAUCAUAGAAACCGCUGCACCAAAAGCUAAGAACUCCCUUUCAUUUUUUGUUUCAUUCGAUUCGGAUGAUGGAAAACCCAAAUACAAAAUACCCAAAAGGUUUAGAGAUCAAUCAAAAACAAACACUGUUAAGGAAGUGAAGAAUACCGAAGAUAUCCCAUCCGAUUCUGAUAAUGAUUCUAAUGAAGAGGAAAUUGAAGUUAUCGAAGUAUCGGAGGGCGAUCCCGAGUACCAACAUACGGGUGGCAGCAAAUUACAAACCAUUUUGGAACUUGAUAAUGAAAGUGAGCAGCCCAAUGAUUUACAUAGUCAAAGCCACGCUUUAGAACCAAACGAAAUAAUUGAUACAGUCGAAGAUAAUCUGGAAAAAACAAAAGCCUUAUAUAGUAAUACUGAGUAUUAUGAAGAAGCCUAUAAAACAGAAAUUUUAACUAUAACAAGAUCUGUACGGAUCAUAGAAAGAGCUUACCAAAGGUUUAAGAAUAGUGGUUCAGUAGAGAGCAAUGAAUCGGAUUUGGAAAAGCAGAAUAGGGCUGCUAAAAUAAUACAAAAGUGGGUUCGGGACUCGUUAAGGGAAAAGUCAUUGAGAGUUUCCUCAGGUGUUUCUAAAAAAUGUAAAGAAAAUAAUGCUGCGAAGAAAAUUCAAAGAGCCUAUAGAAGGUAUGCUGUAAAAACUAAUGAAAUAAAAUCUGCAAAUCUUGAGUCUCAAGAAAGGACUAAAAAAGAAGAAAUUGCUGCACUCGUUAUCCAAAAAGCAUUUAGGCUUUAUUCUCAAAGAAAAUAUCUUGAAUUUAACAAAAAUAUGUCCACAGAUGAUACAGAACUGGAGCAAAAUAAUGCUGCAAAGAAAAUUCAGAGGGCUUACAGAAGGUAUCUCCAAUUAUCCGAUAAACCAGAAAAGUCACAAGGACUUCAAGAAGUUGAACAUCUAGUGGAACCUAAGAAAAGUCCAAGUGAUUCUAUAAUAUUAUCUAAUGAAACAGAAUUAAUUAGUGAAUUUCAGUCAAAAGAACUACAAGAUAUUGAGAAACCUUUGGAGGUCAGUAUGAACUCAAUUAACACUUUAAAAUCAACCGACAACAAAGAAACUAUAAAUGAAUUCCAAACAGAAGAACUCCAAAAUAUGAAAAAAGUAGAAGAAAUCAUUUCAAAUCCAAUUCACAUGUCAAGAUUAGCUGAAGAACCAAGACGAAUAAAAGAAAUAAAGAAUGAUGAAAUCCUUUCGAAUAUUAGUUCAACUUCAAUUGAUUUGUUACAAUCGUCGAGUCAAUCAGAAAUUAUAUCUGAUUUGGAGUCCGAAGAGCUACAGGAAAUAAAGAGUCCUGAAAAGGCUAAUUCAAGCCCAGUUCAUACUUUAAAAUCAGCUGAUAAGCAAGAAAUUAUAAACAAUGUAAAGAGAGAAGAAUUCCAAGACAUAGAGAAACCCGACGAACCUGAAACUUCAAUUCAACCGGAAAUCCUAACUAAAUCAAUAAAAGAUGAGCUUCAAACAAGUCCCGUUCAUCCAAUAAAAUAUGAUUUUGAUGGAAAGUCCAGUGCAGCUCUAAUAAUACAAAGAGCUUUCAGACAAUAUAUGGAAAGAAGAAAGCUUGAAAAUUUCGAUGAGAGCUCCUUUGACUCGAUUACCAGCUCACGAAUAACGGCGAUAGAAACCUCCAACUAUCCAACUGCAGGUACCACACCAUCAGAAAGUUUGCCUCAAGAAGCCACCGAAGACGCAGGCGAAGAUGCUUCGGAGAUUCAACCGAAGUCCGAGUGGUUUGUGGGGUCAACUCGCAUAGUACCAAGCCAGGGAGUCGUUGAAGAACCUCUUGGGUUAGAAACCGAUCCGGAUCCAGCCGCAAUCACAAGUAAAACUGAGCUCGACACCAGCACGCAAGUAGAAUCAGUUGAAACAGUAGAUAGAACGCAUGGCUAUGGCUCGCUUGAAUCAAAAUUAAAUACUGGUAUUAUCAGUUCUGAAAUCGAUGAGAGUCUAGGCGUUACAUCUGAAAAGGAUAAUGCAGUCUCUUCUGGUUUAGCAGGUUUAACAGAGGCGUCUGAAGCUGGUCGUGAUUCGGUGGAGGAUCCACUACUCCUAUCACAAUCCGAUUUUGGGGGUAUCGUACAGUCUCUAGAUAUUGCUUCAACUCAAGAACUGGUUAAUAGUUUUCUGGAGAAUGAGAUUGAGUAUUCGUCCAACCAAGGACCAUUUCCAAGCGCUAGCCUUCUUCAAGAGGUUGUAGAGGAACCCUGUAUAAAGAAGUCCGCUUCACUGGUUAGUCUUUCCGAAGUCGAAUCAGAGCCCGAUGUGGCUAGUCAAAAAGCGGAAAAUACGGAUUCUUCAAUGUCCGAAAUUACUGGUUUAGAUACGCUAUCCGCAGAUACAAUCGACAAGGCAACCGUUAAGUUGUCCAAGCCAGAUGAAGUAAUUGAAAAAAUGUCUCUGCUCCGAGACUCCAAGUCCCACGAGAGAGUUUCCUCCGCAGAUCCCAGUUUUGAUGAGCCCGUAGUGCGGCCCAUCAGCUCCCUUCAAGAGCAAUCUAGCAUGGAUAUCGAGGAUGGAGAUAUCAUCGUAUACAAUCGAUUGCAGAGGGACGAAACAAGGGAAAGCUCUGCUCAGAGCGAUUCCGUGGUCUUCGGCGAGGCAGAAUCCGACAAAAUCCAGGAAAGGGAUUUGCUCAAUGAAGAAGAAUCCGGAAGAGUGCAUUUAAUGAGGCACUAUACCAUCGCAGGUGAUGAUCCGCGUGGCCUAUUCAGAUCUGUGACUAUUGAUGAUGCUCUUAAUUAUGUCGAGAUUGGAGAAAAUGGUAUGGGCAUUAACAGCACGAAUAGUUUCUGUUUGGACGAUGAAACCUCGGAGAACAUUCGCAAGAAAAUGAUGGCCUACUCGCUUUCUGAAACGGACUCGGAUUACUUUGAUCCGAGGAAGGGCAGCAAAGAGGAUUUUGACAUAGAUACGGCCAUGGCAGAUGCCAUGGGCACAUCCACUGAAACGGAGUCCACCAUUGUUUCGGCCGCCACAAAGAUCCAGGCGGGAGCACGGGGAUUCCUUACCAGGCGAAGAUUGAGACGGGCAAGUGCCGGAACAAAGUCAUCCACUCUGGACACCAAGGCGUCCUUCGGCAACGAGGCGAUCAGCGAGUCCCUGGAACGUUUCAUCGAGGAGGAAGCGGCUAAGAAGAUUCAGACCGCCUAUCGGAUGCACACCCGAAAACGCAAGGGUCACCGGAAGAUGGAAGGCAUAAGCCUGGAGAGCAAUCUGGCCGCCAGGCGUCAGAAGUUGCAGCGCGGGGAUGCCCUUCGAAAUGAUUCUACCCCCGAUGAUGAAAAUAGUGUGAACAGCAGUGGGGGCCAGACUCAAAAAAGCUCAAAAUCAGGGAGAAGCAAAACAGUUGGUGAGACAAAGUCAAAACCCGACAUGGAAUUAAGGUGGCUAAAGAUGAGGCAGAAUUCAAUGCCCGUACAAAUUGAUUGCGAAGUUUUCCGAGUAAUACCCAAGCAUAUGCGAAAACGUAUAAAAAGCGCCGAGGCGAACAAAAGAAAAUAAAAUUCACGAGUCUAUAAGUAUCAUCGCUGAACUAUAUCUAAAUAAAACAUAUAUU